UUUAUGCCAUCAAAUUUCGAACAGCUGGAACCGUGCUCUUCAAAUGGCGACGAUUCUUCGGAAAAUUUGCCCGAUUUGCUAUACGAUUCACGUAAACGGUGCCAUUAUGCAUCAACAGCAUUUCUGGGCAAGGGAGGGUUUGCUUCCUGCUUUGCUGCGUGCGAGAAACCAUCUUCCUUGAAAGUGGCACUGAAAAUUAUCCGAAAAAGUCGUUUGACCCGUGAAGCGCAAUGGGAGAAGAUACGAAAAGAGAUUAUAAUACAUCAGUCACUGAACCAUCCAAAUGUUCUGAAAUUUUACAAUUAUUUCGAAGAUACAAUCAAUAUCUGUAUGUUACUGACUCUUGUGCAAAAUUUGGACAUACGAUUGAAAGACGCGUAUUAUUAA